CCCACCUUCAUCACUCGUCAACCUUCACCAUGAGUGUCGCGGCUGAAGAAUCCGACUGGCCAGCCUCGUUCCACGAUCCCUACGUGCACGCAGCCUUGAAAGCCGGUGUGGUGGCCUUGCUCCACCCAAUGGAUUAUGCUAAAACUCUUAUUCAGCUGGGACAUGAGCCGUUAAAACCCGUUAACACCACCACCUUUUUGGGUCAUCCCAAGCUCAUGUAUCCAUCCAUUUUUGCCUACAUUGGCCACAUUCGCCGGCGUGAUGGGCUGGUGGGCUUGUACGCGGGAUUAGGCCCGCGUGUCGUCUCCAUGGGAUUGAGCGCCUUUACCGGCGAGUAUUUCGCGCAACGCUGGCCGGCAUUGCCUACUGUGGACGAGGAAGAAAAGAAAAAAGGCAGGCCUUUGAGUGAGCAGGAGCUGCAGGAUCGGUUGGUGCAGACCAUUUGGCGCGAUGCGACGCUGAAGGUGACCUGCUCGCUGGUGACCCAUCCGUUGCAGGUGAUGGCUGUGCGCACCAUGGCGCAGUUUGUGGGCCACGAGAGCAAGUAUAAGGGACUGAUGAAUGCGUUUUAUGAGGUGAUCAGCGAAAAUGGAUUCAUUGGGUUUUGGGCCGGCUGGGUGCCUCGUGCCAUUGGUGAAGUGUGCAUGGUUGCUAUUUCUUACUCGAUGACCUAUGCCAUCAACAAGUACAUUCUCUCGGAUAAGGAGAUGCAGAAGCUAACUGGGCACGUUUCGGAAUUUCUCACCUCCUCUCUUGUGUAUCCCUUUACCGUUGUGAGCAAUGUCAUGAUCGUUUCCAAAUCUGGUUUGGCUGCCGGAUAUCCGCCCUUUAUGCCUCUGUAUUCGGAUUGGUUGGAUUGCUUUAGGCACCUCAACAGUCAGAAGCAACUCAAACGAGGGUCCAAGAUGAUCUUCCGAUACUACACCGGACCCCAGCAGAUUGUGGGCAACAAAGUGUUCCCUGUGGAUGCAAAUAUGUUCAUGAGCAAAAAUCAGUAAUCAUUCACUCAAAUCACAAUGAUCCGUAGGGUGCAAGUUUAUUCAGGAUGCCUUAUUACCUGUACAUGCAGUCCUCUUUAUGUAUCACGUAAAGCUAUUAUAUAUAUACAUGUAUGUUCCCCUAAA